AACCCGCUCUCGGUACUCGUGCCAGGCCGCGUGCCAUGGCAGUGAUCGCAAUGAGUGCAUCGUUGUCGAGGGUGCAAGCAAACAGCAACAAUGUUGCUGCCACCCAAACAAAGUGGCGGCGCGCAGUUAAUGCACAUCACUCCCUCCGGUACCAAAUUGCCCCAUCCCUCCUUUCUUCUUUUCCCCCCACCCCCGGUGUGUAAACUGCAAGUGCAACUGCAAACAAACACUCUACUCUUUCUCUCUCUCUCGCGCUCGCUACCCUGACCCACCUGGUACUGCCGCACUUCCUGGUGCCCGCAAUCGGGUGCAGUUCUCUCUGUGUCUAUGUGUGUGCCGAGUUUGAGUAGCUCGUGAGAACUUUGACGAGUGAUCAUCAUCAUCAUCAUCAUCAUCACCUAAAGCGCCAUCCGAAACCCUUUUGCUUCGUGACCCGUCUAGACGGUUUGUGUUACGUGUUGGUUCGGUUUUCUAAUACCGCCAAUGCUUCACUAUCUGCUAGUGUUGAGCUAGACGGGAGGCUAAUUCAACUGUAUCCUGAAAUUAGAACCUUCCUUGUCUCUUGUUGUACGGUCGACCACACCAUGAUGAAAAGUGUUUUCCGGCCCAGUUAAUUUGGUGUCUUUUGUAUUCCGAUUAGGUUAGGUGCCUCUAGAAAUUAACGCUUAAUGAUUAAUGAUCAUACUGUUUCACAUCUCACAUCAUCACACUUCUCACAGUAAUUAAGAGCUGACGUUUUAGCACCAUGUGAGUGUCGGAGACAUUAAACUGAGUUGAAGAACUACCACUGUUCUUGAAGACUUCUCGAAUUUCGUUAGAAGCUGACAAGUGAAAUAAACCUUUUCAUAUCGUUCGAUUCAAUUAAGAUGUGUCAAUUAGUACAAACCAUCAAAGUGAACCAAUUAGAUAGAGAAAGAGAGAGAGAGAGAGAGAGAGCCGUAGUUCGUUCGUUCGCUCCGCAUCAAUCGCGCAUCCUGUUCGCGAAAUUGUCUACCUUGCCGGUGGCAGAAGAAACCCGACAAGUCCUGUCCUGUAGCUCGACCGGCGGCGGCGGCGGCCCAUGGCGGUCAAAAAGAAUAAAACGAAGAAAAAAGAACCCAAUCAAAACCGUGCGGCCGAUCGCUGCAAUUUGUGAUGAAUCGAACUUUGCAUGGAUUCUACGGCAGAAAUGGGCGCGAGGCACGCAACCGAGCGGAAAAGAACCGCCGCGACAAGCUUAAUGGAUCGAUACAGGAACUAUCGGCGAUGGUGCCGCACGUCGCCGAAUCGCCACGGCGCGUCGACAAGACGGCCGUGCUGCGGUUUUCGGCCCACGGUCUGCGGGUAGAUUAUGUGUUUGGCAAAUCAAAACCGGAGCCAUCGGUCAAACAGGAAAUCCAGGAUUCGCUGUUCCAGAUGCUGAACGGGUUUCUGCUGACGGUCACGUGCCGAGGUCAGAUCGUACUAGUGUCCGCCUCGGUCGAACAGUUCCUGGGCCACUGUCAGAUGGAUCUUUAUGGGCAAAAUUUGUUCAGCAUCACGCACCCGGACGAUCAUGCACUGUUGAAGCAGCAACUGAUACCGUCCAAUCUCGGCAACCUGUACGAUGGUACGACAGCGGGAUCAUCCUUGGUCACCGUUGGUCGAAGCCCGACGAGACUCGAAGGCGGCAGUGGCAGUACCAGUCACGGAUCGAAUACGCGCGACGAUGAAGAUGACAUCGAUCGGAGGCUGGGACAGGACAAGCGGCGGUUCACCAUUCGGUUGGCACGUGCAGGUCCACGGUCAGAGACGACAACCUACGAAUUAGUGACCAUCGAUGGAUGCUUUCGGCGAGCUGAUUCGGCACCCCAACCCGCAGGCACCGCGAAACAACAACAUCAGCAGCAGCAGCAGCAGCAGCAACACCAGCAACAGGGUAGCGGAUCGUCCGCUAUGCAAAUGAUACGACGUGCCCGGGGCCGGGAUGACAGUAUGCCGUUGCAUAGCAUCAACGGGAAUGAUAUUGUUUUAAUAGGCAUAGCGCGUGUAAUGAAGAUGCCAUCUAUCUGUGAUCGUUUGAUUGAGGCUUGCAAGUAUGAGUACAAAACGCGCCAUCUGAUCGACGGGCGUAUCGUGCAAUGUGACCAGCGGAUAUCGAUUGUAGCCGGUUACCUGACGGACGAGGUAUCGGGCCUUUCCCCCUUCACCUUCAUGCAUCGGGACGAUGUCCGUUGGGUGAUUGUAGCCUUGCGACAAAUGUACGAUUGCAACCAGAAUGGGGAAUCAUGCUACCGGUUGAUGGCCCGUACCGGUGAUUUUAUCUAUCUGAAGACACGGGGCUACCUGGAGGUGGACAACGAUACCAAAGUGGUGCAGUCGUUUGUGUGCAUCAAUACGCUCGUCUCGGAAGAGGAAGGCCAGCGGAUGGUGCGCGAGAUGAAGCGCAAAUUCUCCGUCAUCGUCGACAAGGUGGAGCUGCCUGAUGAGAGUGGUGAGCCCGUGGUGGAGAAUCCGAAUCAGAUUGAGGAAGCGGUGUUGA